AUGAGCCUCAGUUCCAAGAAAAAAACCGGUCCGCCCAAGCUCCAAUCCAAACAAUCCAAGCCCGUCUCGGAUGACAGGGAAGAAACACCUGUAUCUGCAACCCCGUCCCCAAAGUCUACAAAGAAGGCGCCUGGUGCACCCGAGCAGCGCCGUCCUAUCUCCCCACCCAAGGACGAUGUCUCUCAAGCUUCUGGCUCCGCGGCCCCACUCGAGCACGCCGCGUCCGAGCAGUCCGAUAAGGUUCGGAGCCAAUCGGGUCAAGCAAUGGAUAUAGCGCGGAAGGGCGAGAACACUCACUCGAGCACCGUGUCGCCUGAUGUUUCUACGCUUAAGGGUCUCCAGGUCGCCAAGGGUGGCCAAAUCUGCGAUCAGAACGGCAACCCAAUGGGAAAGGUGGUGGAGGGAGACUCGGAGGACUUGGUUGGCCAGACUGUCGGGGACAAUGGCGAGAUUUUCAACGAGGAUGGCGAUUUGAUCGGCCGCGUUGAUAUAUUGGAUGAGACGGUUGGUCAACCUAUGGAGUUUCCCGGGGAGGAACAGUCGAAGCUGGACCAGGCCAAGGACGUGUUAACCACCCUGGAAGAACUUGAUGGGCUCCCUGUCUCCGAGGGUGGCAUGAUUAAGAAUUCUUCCGGCCUGGCAGUGGGCAAGGUCGUCGAGGGAGAUCCGGAAGACCUCGUCGGAUAUACUGUCAGUGGCGAGGGAGAGAUCGUCGAUGAUGAAGGCGACGCUAUAGGCCGCGCGGAGCUUAUCCCCGUGGAGGAGCAGCAGCAACAGCAACAGAAGAGCGCCGAAGAGACUGCUCAUGACGCCACCGCGGAGAAGAAUAAAAUGAUCCCAUCAAUCGAGUCUCUCGAGGGUUUGAAGUGCAAUAAGCGCGGCUACAUCAUGGAUGAAGCUACCGGCAAGCCUGUUGGAGAAAUAAUUGAAGGUGAUCCUAAGAAGCUCUCGAAGUUUGGUGCCGAACUUGACGCCAUGGGCCAAUUUUGGGAUAACCGCGGCAAUGUGAUCGGCAAGGCCCAGCCAAUACCCGUCUACGAUGAUGAAGAGGGAGGGCCAUUUGCAGGCCUAGAUGGUCUGGUCGUAGGCCAGGACGGAUGGGUCGAAGACGAGAACCAGACAAGGGUCGGGCGGCUCGUUGAAGGCGACGCGAAGAAGCUGGUCAACCGAGCAGUGGACGAGGACGGUGAAGUAGUCGACCGGUAUGGCAACGUCGUCGCGCGUGCAGAACGCUGGGAGGAACCUGAAGCGCCAGAGGUAGAGCCUAUUGACCUUUCCAGUAUGGAUGGGCUGAGUUGCAACAAGGCCGGGUAUGUGAUCGGGCCGGAGGGCUGUCCGAUCGGUCGUAUUGUUGAGGGUAACCCUAAGGAGCUGGCGGGGAAAAGUAUAUUCGAGAACGGCGAGAUUUACGAAGGCAAAAAUAUAGUCGGUCGCGCCGAGCUUAUUCCUGAGGACGAGCGCGAAGAUAUUCCCGAUGGCCCGUUCGCCGGCUUCGAGAGCCUGGUCGUCACUAAGGACGGGUUUAUCGAGGACGAGAACGGCUCUAUCGUAGGUCAACUCAUCGAAGGGGAUGCCAAAAAGUUGCGUGGCCAUGCGGUCGACGAAGAUGGCGAGAUUACAGACAAAUAUGGCAAUGUCAAGGGCCGUAUUGUUAACAAGCAGGGCAAUAUCGUGGACCCAGCCACGGGUGCUGUCUUUGGGCGGGUAAUUGAAGGCGACAAACGUCUCGCUGGCUGUAAGGUCGACGGCCAGGGUCAAAUCUGGGGUGACAACGGCAAGGUGGUUGGCCGGGCGGGGCUGAUACCCGACGCGGAGCGGGAAGAAAAGGAGGGACAGUUCUACGGCUUUGACAAUGCCGAGGUCGGCAAGGACGGCGUGGUUGUGGACGCAGGCCGGAUCAUCGGCCACCUCAUCGAAGGCGAUGCAAAGUAUCUUUUCGGCCGUAAGGUCGAUGAAGAUGGCGAUGUCGUUGAUAAGAAUGGAAAUAUCAUCGGUAAGGCUGAACGCUGGGAGCCGGAAGAGAAGCAGCGCGAUGUCAGCCCUAUGUCUGGCCGAAAGAUCACCAAGGAGGGUGAGGUGCGCGAUGCCGAUGGCAACCUUAUUGGCAAGCUGACUUCCGGUAACCUGGCAACGCUGGUUGGCAAAACCAUCAACGACAACGGCUAUGUCGUUGACAACGAUGACAACAUCAUUGGCGAGUGUACCUUACUGGAGAACAUUCCGGAGCCUGAGCCUGAAGAAGAAGGUCUCACCGAGGAAGAGUUAGAGGCUCAGGCUAAGGCCGAGGAAGACCGCCAGAUAGCUGAGAAGAUGAUCUACAUCCUCAGCCAGACCCUCGACCGAGUCAAGCCUGUUUGCCGACAGAUCACCGAGGCGCGUUCAAGUUCCUUCCCUUAUUUUUCAGUGUUCCAAUUCCUAGUAAUAACAAUUCUACAGCAAAUCGAAAAGGCCGAGCGCACACCCAAGGAGGAGCUCGACGAAGAGAAGCUCGUCCAAGUCGUCAAACCGCUUCUGGAAGAAGGCGGCCGCAUCCUCCAAGAAUGCAACGGCUCCAUCCGCGCCCUCGACCCCGAUGGGAGCAUCGCGGCCACCGCCAAGGCGCGCGCCGCCUCGCGUGAUGCUACCCCGGAGGAGUACCAGCUCGCUGACCUAAUCAGGGAGCUGGCCGAGACAGUCACCAAUACGAUCGAUAACGGCCGCAAACGCAUAGCUGACAUGCCUCACGCCAAGAAAAAGCUAAAUCCGCUCUGGGCCCUCCUCUCCGAGCCACUUUUUCAAAUUAUUGCCGCCGUGGGCUUGCUGCUGAGCGGUGUUCUGGGUUUGGUCGGAAAACUGCUCGGUGGUCUCGGGCUGGGUGGUUUGUUGGAUGGCCUUCUUGGUGGAUUGGGACUUGACACGUUGUUCGAUAGUCUAGGAUUAGGGGGAAAAGGUAAGUAA